CGGAGGAUCAAACACGAGUCACCGCCUGGACGCCAUUUUGGCUCCAUGUGUGCUGUCUUCUUGACAGGCAGGAUGUUUUCUUCUGCAUGAAGGUGACCGGACCAGUGAGGAAGAUCUGCUCAAAUGGCUUCGUUACGUGUGGUGAAGAGGCUGUUCUGUGCAGCGGCAGAGGCAGCACCGGCACCGGCACCGGCACCGGUACCGGGCAGCAGAUGGGAGAGGCUGAAAGGCAGCAAAGCGGGUGUGUGGUGUCGCAGCCUGCUCUCGGACUACAAAGAAGCAUGUCGGGAGGUGUUUGUGGGUGCGUGGGAGCGACCGGUCAAAGCGUCUGUGUACAUGACUCUGGUGGGCGGGGCUUGGGCCUGCUUCUACACAAAACCUGACCAAUCGUCCUUCGAAGCCACCCUGCUGGAGCGCUCCGGCCAGCUGGGCCUGCUGUCACCGUGGAUCCGCAAUGGCACCUCCGAUGGCCACGUGCAGAAUCUAGUGAAGCUUCGUAACGAGGGCCGGCUCCACCACGUCAGCCUGGGUUUUCUCUCUCUGGUUUACCGCACAGAAUACGACCCAGACGCCACUCUGUACGAAGCCCAGUGCUCCAACGUGUCGCCCCGCUGGAGGGAGUUCCCUCAGCGGAUACUAGACGUGGGCUUCGUUGGCCGCUGGUGGAUCCUGGACUCAAAGAUGAAGGACUAUGAUGUAAACGAUGAAGAGUUUAAGCAUCUGCCGGCACACAUGCAGGCAACUUCGCCACCCAGUGUUCAGGAGGUGGAAAGGAGUGAGCGGUUGCAUAAAGAGUCUUGGUUAGCUCUGACCAUGGAGGAUGAGGAGAUAGAAACUAAUGUAGUGGAGGGAAAGCAGGAGAGUGUCAGUGAAGAGAGCUCAACAAACGAACUGAAACAGUAACAGACUCAGACCUAAGUCGUGUGGAGCAGACAUUUCACACACGCACAAAAGCAUCGUAGAUAUUCAUACAGCGUUGGAAGUAACAGACUACUUUGAGCUUACAUUUUUCAGUCCAAACUGUUUACCAUCACCACAAACCACCAAGGAAUGAGACACUUGCAGCUUUGUUUCAUCAAAGUAAAAGCAGCCCUUCAAAAGCUUGUUUUUAAUUUAUUCCAGCAAGGUAUUGCAAAUCAUUUAUACCAUGAACCGCAUGUCAAUAAAUCUGUCAGUUCCCUCCA